AUGAAGUCUCUCCACUUCUGCUCUCUUCUCUUCUUCCUCUUCUUCAUAAUCAAUUCACUUCUAUGCGACGAUGAAAUAACAACGGAAAAGACGACGAUGGAGGAAUUGAGCUCGUCAACCGUAGCUGUCACCAACCCACCAACCACAACAGCAGAACCACUACCUCCACUACCCACCGAUCCACCAACAACUCCAACUACAGUACCACCAGUGACCACCACCAAAGCUCCGCCCCCGCCAUCAUCAUCGACACAAACUCCUGCGAAUCCACGUCAUCGAAAGACAACGUCUCCAGAACCAGGAGUGCCAGACGACGACUACAAUGGAAGAGACGAUUUAGAUUGUGCCAAGGAGUUUUUGUGUUUCUCCGAGAACCCAAUGGCAUCUCCACAUCUUCUUAAAAAUUUGAACUUUUUAUUAUGUGUUUCUGUAGUUGUGUUGGUUUUUGGAGUUUGA